GAAUUUAUUCACCAAAAAGGACUUAUCAAAAAAGGGUUUGAAACAGGAAGUGUUUGUCUGGCUCCUUGCUUAUUCAGGCUAAUGAUGUGUAGGCUGUAGAUGAGUCGAAUACAAAGCUCUUUGCUACGGUUUAAAAUAUAAAGUGUUGUAGCCUACAUGCUUGUUCUGGCAGCUGCUUGAUCGUGGGGAUUUUCUAUUUACAACAGCUGUAAAAACAUGUUUUGAACGGAAAACAGCAAAAGCUGUACCAGUCUCUGAGGCAUAUCUGCGCCGCUUAUUAUCUGUGAAAGUCUUUGUAGCUUAAAUUAAGUGGAGCUUUUAGCCCGCUGCACGGCGUGUCUGUGCCCCAGCUGGCAGGAUGCAUCUCGGUCGGAGGAGGCAGCUCGGUCGGCAGGGCUGACCGUCGUAACUCGGCCUGCUGUUAAAUAUGGAAUAUUUUCACAGUGAGAAGUGCCAAAUCCAUUUUCACCGGCGGAAAAAAGCAGCCCUGUAGCAGCGCAAAUUAGAAAACCAGCUCAUAUCGCCGGUCCUUAUGGCUUCUGGCUCCGGAGACGAAGAGGGAACCACGGACGAGGCUGCAUGGAGACUCAUAGGCCCGACCUCGGUGCUUUCCAAGCAGCGCUGCCGGCUAAUGUACUCCUCCCUCGGCUACGGCUCAGAUGUCUGCCUCUUCUACGUGAGGGGGGAGUUCUUCGCUAUGGAUGCUCGCUGUUCCCAUUCCGGCGGACCUCUGUGUGAGGGGGACAUUGAGGAGGCUGAUGGUGUCCUGCAGGUCUUCUGUCCCUGGCACGAUUAUGACUUUGACCUCAGAACAGGGAAGUCUGGGACCUCCUUACAGCAACAAGUGUAUGAAGUCAAGCUUGAGGACGGGAACGUGUAUGUGAAACACGCCAGUCGUCUUUCCUUACAGCCUUUUCCUGCGGACAAGAAGAGCUGAAUAACCUCAGUGGGAAUGAUUCAUCCUUCAGCCAAUUUUAAAACUACGGUAACAAACCCACUCCGGCUAUUUUUGAGACUUGUUCCACAAACCUAAGCCAUCUGAAACAUUUCAAAGCCUUAUCAGCCAUUUUCACAGACUGUUGCUCCUUUGAGUGCUGUGAACUUAGGACGAUAUCAAGAGGAUUGUCCGGAGAAGACAUGACAUCAUGAAAUUGUUUCUGAGUUUUUCUCGCUGGCUUCCCAGAUAGAGACUUCAUCACACACAGUGAACAUGGAGAGAUGUAAGCUCACUGCUUAAAUUCAGAGCAAACAGAGUUGAAAAUAUGAAACAAAACACUAUAUUUUUUUAACUUUCUGCUGAUAUUAUAGAACUAACCAAAACAUUUUAUUUAUUUGCUAAAGGAUCUUGAAGAAAAUUGCAUAGUUAUCUCUGGUGGAAAUUACAUAAAGUGACAAUCAAAGUACAUAUAAGUUCACACUUUAUAUUCAAGCAGUCAUAUCUGCGCUUGUCAUUACAUCUUUUUUAAAAAGCUGCCCGUAGUUAACCUCAAUACUUUUCUUGACUUUGUAUCAUUAUUCUCAGAAUCUAUUCCUUUCCAUUCUAAUUUCACUUGUAUGCAUCUGCAAACAAAUCAUGUUUUUGUGAGGCGUAGAGGUAGAGGAGUCAUUACAAUAUAUGCAAUAACGCACUGCUUAUCUUUAACAUGCAUAAAGCAAAUGGUGCCGAUCAGGAGUAACAAAACUGAGCUAUUUUGACUCAACAUGUUUUUUUACUCAUCAUUUGUGGUCUGUUUGGAAACUUGAGGUAAACACUUUCAACAUUGGAUUGGAAUAUUCAAUUAGCCUUUUCAUUUAUAAAAAAAACAUCCCCUUAUUACAGUAAAAGAUUUAUUAUUGGAGAAGUGUGAUGAAGGCUUCGCUCAGCAGCUAAUAUCUAAUUAAACUAAAAUGAUCUCAUGCUCAUUAAUAACCCGUCCUGGUCUUCAAUAAAGCCUCAAACCAAACAACUCACAGCCAUCCUUGUUGAGUUACAACCUUUGGAAACCUCUGGGGCAAUUAUUCCAGUGAUGUCACGCACCAGAAAAGCCCUUUCUGUAUUUCUAAAAUGUUUUUAAACCUUAAUACAGUUCCAGCAAGUAGAACACACAUGAAGGGCACGGCAAUUACCACUGGUAGCAGUCCCGGCAUAAAGACGUCUCCAUCAGCGUUUCUCACCAUCCCUGGCCUGUGCUCAGCCAGGUUUGUCUGUUACUGACGCAAUGGGACCCAAAAGACACGGUUAGUGAGGCGCCGGAGGAGGGUUCACGACCUGAAAUGCACCAUUGACUGAGGAAAAAUGUGUUUUUCCACUUUUAUGUGUGUGUGUGUGUGUGUGUGUGUGUGUGUGUGUGUGUGUGUGUGUGUGUGUGUGUGUGUGUGUGUGUGUGUGUGUGUGUGUGUGUGUGCAAUGAUGCAUGUAUGUUUUCUUUAUUCCUUAGUGGUAAGGGCAGUCACUCUGUAUAUUUUCUGUCAGCUCCACUGCUGGCAGAGGCACAGAGCCUGGUCUUGAAGGUGUCAGUGACAGUGUGGCUCAGCACUCUCAUUUUGCUCUCUGCUGUGCCCCCUGUUGAGCAACUUUAUUACAAUAAUAAUUCCAAUGGCUAAAAAAAUGUCUGUGAUGUGCACAGGAGGGCUUGCUGUGUGCAUUAUAACUCAUCACCUGGAGGGUAAUGGUGAUACACAUUGUAAAUGCUCUAUUUUGUUUGGGUUAAAAAGUCAAUGCAACCAUUCUUCAGAAUUCUGCACAGUUGUUGUUGUUUUUUUUCAUUUUAAAUAUCAACAAAACAUUCAGCAUAAAUGUGAGUCUUUGCCAUGUGUUUCCUUAAAUGUAUUUAAUACGCUCAUUUAAUUGGCUUGCAUUGAGUUAUUAGUUUGUUGUUUGUAUUUUUAUUUUCUGAACAUCUGUUUUGUGUGCCUUUAUUGGAGAGACAGGACAGUGGACAGAGUCAGAAAUCAGGUCGAGAAAGAGUGGGGCACCUCAGCCGCCUGCUUCGAGGACUGCAGCCUCUGUACAUGAGGCGUGCAAACUAACCAGCUUCUGGCACCCUGUUGUUUGUUUUCUUUUCAUUUUCUUCUCUUUUUGUACAUACUUUAAUAAUCCCAGAGGGGACAUUCUGGUUUACACUCUGUUAUUGGGAGUCAUGCUUCUCACACACAAAGGCUCAAAUUACACAUGCACUAACCGGGCCUGUAAACAUGCAUUAGAGGAGAGAUGUCAGAGCGGGGCUGCUACACACUGCUACAUAGGGAGUUGCCAAAGCUGUUGGGGGUUCAGUACCUUGCUCAAGGACACCUCGGCAGUACUCAGGAAAGUUACCUGUCACCUCUCCAGCAACCAGACCAACUUCCAUAAUUUGAUCCGCAACAGGACUUGAACAGACUGAGCUACUGCCGCCCGCCCCCCCAUGUUAAAACCAUCUUAGACUUGCUUUACUGGCAAACCACACUUCAUGUAUCAGUUUGUUGUAAGCUGCCGUUGCUUAACUUUCUGAACACUUUUCAUUGUUGUGACUUUUGCAAAGCUGAACAUUUGCCUGCAUUGUUUCAGACACAAAAUAAAUAACUGUUUUUAUGA